AUGAUUCGCGCCAAAUGCAUUCGUAAACUGGUUCGGGGAGCCAGAAACAUACCAACGCUUUGGGAUGUUCAGUCCCGCGCUGUAUUGGUAAGCAAAGUUGUCCAUGUGAUAGAGGAAAUUCAGGACUAUGUGACUAGCGACUGUCACUCAGAAAGACAUAUAACCAUAAUAUCAACACUCAAAGAUGGUUAUGACAAAGCUAAUUCUACAGAAGAAGACAAUUGUUCACAAUUCCUCAUUUCCAGGGAUGACGUGGGUAAAAAUAGAGCUGAGGCUUCCCUAGAAUACACUCAGCGUCUGAAUCCGAUGGUAGAGGUGACAGCAGACACACAGAGCGUAGAGGAGAAAGCUGACGAUUUCUUCACCAAGUUUGACGUUGUGUGCGCCACGUGUUGUAAACAGUCCACUCUCCUCAGAAUCAACAAAAUCUGCUCCGAACACAAAAUCAAGUUCUUCGGAGGGGAUGUGUUUGGUUUUUAUGGUUUCAUGUUUUCUGAUUUAGGAGAACACGAAUAUGCAGAAGAAGUUCCGAAACCCAAACCAAAGGAAGAGGACGGGAAACCAGCAGCUAAAAAAGCAAAGAAGGAGGAAUUAGAAAUGGUGACAGUGAAAAAGAGUGUUUCCUUCAGUCGACUACAGAGUGCGUUAGAUGUUGACUGGUCCUCACAAUCUGCUCAUCGUAAACUCAAAAGAACUCCCAACACGUACUUCAUCUUGCAAGUGUUACACGACUUUAUGAAUAAGAACAACAGACGACCUGAUGUCAAACAGAAAGAGAGCGACAUCAAGUUAUUAAUAGAACAGAAAACAGCGACCCUGGAGAAACUGAAACUCAGUCCCAGCUUACUGUCAGAUGAAUUUGCCAGUUUCUGCUUUGCUGAAUUGAGUCCAGUGUGUGCCAUUGUGGGAGGAGUCAUGGGGCAAGAAAUCAUUAAGGCUGUAUCUCUGAAGGACCAGCCUCACGAUAAUUUCUUCUUCUGCAACGGGAUAGAGGGCAGCGGCCUAGUGGACAAAAUUUCCUCACCUUGACCUCUGAACCCGAGUUCAUCCUGACCCUGGUGCCAUGUGAUAGGGCAUUAUCAUGGAAUAUGCAGUCUGUAUUGUAAUUCAUCUCAUUUUGUCAGUUGAUAUUGUCAAUAA